AUGAAGACCUCCUAUCUCUUUUCGACGUUGGGCGCAAUCACACUUGUCGCAGCUGCACCUGCUCUGGAACCCAUGAAGAUUUCUGAGCGUCAAGAUGCUGACAACUGCCCUUACCAAUACUACAUAGACAUCAUGCUCGGCGUGUUGAACGUUCACCGGGCCAAUCACUCUGUGGCCGAUCUGGCCUGGAACCAAACCCUCGCCACUGCUGCACAGUAUACAACGGACAACGGCCCAGUACUGGUCCAUGACAAUGCAGGUACCGGCUGGGGCCAAAAUCAAUACGCUUGGUACUCUAGCGAUCCGUCCGACCCGCGUCUUACGAACCAGGCUGCUAUAGAUUCUUGGUACAAUGGCGAGUUUCGAAACUACGAUGCUUAUGGUGAGGCAAGCCUGCUCACCGACGGUGAAUUUUCUCCCCCUCCAGCGAUCCCGGGAGGUGUUUAUGGACAUCUGACACAGGUCAUUUGGAAGGAUACGGCAACCGUGGGCUGUGGAACAAGUGGACGCUUAACGGACGACGGUAUCCAAGGCUACUUCACCGUGUGCAAUUUCUACCCUCCAGGAAACUGGGUAACGAGCCCGACCUCUUGGGUCGACAACGUCCUCGCACCCUUAGGCAACGAUGUCGUUGAGAAUGUCUGUGGUGCUAUCCACUUUGUUCCACCUUCUCCUGAUAGCUGA